UGUUCUCUGACAGAAACGAACCACAUUCAAGACGACUCUUACAAUUCUUUCCCUAAAUCCUUUCAUCUCUGUAGGAUGCAACACGUAAUUUAAUUUGGAAUAGAGGAAGGCAAACCGGUAGCCAGCGAAAGGAGAAGGUGACUGCAUUUUUGUGAGACUAUAAAUGUUCCCUAGAAGUUAACAAAACUAACUGAAGAAGAAUGGAAAAGUAUGUUCAAAAUUCUGGUUUACUCUGUGUAAGCCAACUGGAAGCCACAAAUGUUCCUCCAAAUGUUUGGCAUUCUGAGGUGACUGUGUCAGUGACAGGUGAAUCACCUAGUGCUGUAGAAGAGAAAGAAGCCGCUAAAGAAACAGACACAGAAAUCAUCCCAGAAGUCCUGGAGCCACUCUCCAUUCUUGAUGUGCUGAGGAUCUCUGCAGUUCUGGAGGAUACCACAGAUCAGCUCUCUAUUCUAAACUAUAUCAUGCCAGUUCCGUAUGAAAGAAGAAAAAAUAGUGUGAAGAAAAACAAAGAAACAAAUUUAGAAGGAAAAAGCUUAGAAAAACUUUCCAAGGUCUCAAAAACUUCAAAGAUAUCCAGUUCAUUCUUAUCUAAAGAAGAACCUAAAUUGCCAGUAAUCAGACAUGGAAACCAAUUUGCCAACAAGUUUAACAGAAUGCAAGAUCUCGUCUUAAAAAAACCCACAAGUCAGAUUAUAAUGACAAUGGAGACACUGAAGAAAAUUCAGAUUGAUAGGCAAUUUUUCAAUGAUAUAAUUACAGAUACCAUGGAGGAGUUGCAAGAUUCAGGCACUUUCACCAAUCUCCUGAAAGCUUUGAGCAAAGAGAGGGAAGACAAAAUACAUUUCCAUGAUAUCAUUGCCAGGGAGGAAAAAGGAAGAGAACAGAUAAGAUCUCUUCAAAAACAGCUACUUAAUGUCAAAAGAGAACGGCAAGUUGAACGACAGAGUCAGAAUGAAUAUAUUGCUAAUCUCAAGGACCAGUUGCAAGAGAUGAAGGCAAAAACCAAUAUGGAGAAUCACUAUAUGAAGAGAAACUCUGAGCUGCAGAUUUCCCAGACCCAGAAGAAAUGUAACAAGACAGAGGAACUAUUGCUGGAAGAGAUCGAGAAACUACGGUUAAAAACUGAAGAGGAGAACCGGGUUCACAUGGACAUCGAGAUAUUCCUUCGGAAGGAGCAGCAGAAACUUGAGGAGAAGCUAGAGUUCUGGAUGGAGAAAUAUGACAAAGACACUGAGAUGAAACAGAAUGAGCUAAAUGCUCUCAAAUCUGCUAAGGCCAGUAACUUAGCACACCUCCAAGACCUCGCAAGGACGCUAAGGGAGUAUGAACAGGUCAUUGCUGAAGAUCGUGUAGAGAAGGAGAAGGCCAGGAGGAAGAUAGAACAGGACUUCUUGGAAUUAAAGAGCAUCAUAAAGCUCCAGGCCUGGUGGCGAGGCACUGUGGUACGGAGGGAAAUUGGUGGUUUCAAAAUGCCCAAGAACAAAGAUGAUGGCAAGGAUUCAAAAGGUAAAGACGAAGACAAGGACAAGUGGAGAGGCAAGAAGAAGUGAGAAUCAUCUCCGGUCUUUCCCUCGGGUGUUCUGGGGAUGAAGAGAGCAAGGACACUUUACCAUCAGAGACUCACCCAAAGGCUGUUUCUUAUUUGGACAUCCCCAGGUGCAGCCUAGUUAUUUCACUUUGCCUGCUAUAUUAGUUUUCAAACCCUGAUUUAGCUUAUACUAUAGAUUUGGGACUUUUUCAUAUUUUGAAAAAAUUUUGCUGGGAAGAAGUAUUUCUAGGAACCUUCUUCAGAUUCCUCUUGCUCUUCCUUACAGAAAAAAGGUCAUGGGCUUUGUUGUAUCAAUGCAUGAAAAUGAGAAAUUCCUGUAAUGUCUCUGAUUUUUGGUGAGACCCUAGGGUCUAUUCCUGCUCUGCUUACUCAACAAUUUUCCCCUUACGGGGUACUAAGGCUAAAGAGAAGCCACGUGAAAAUCCCCAACCUAAACCUAGCACAUAAAGCUGACGAUCACUCUCCCUCUUCCCCAAGACACCAUGAGCCCACUGGAUUAUUCCAGACUUGAUUAAUCAGAAUAGAAUGUCUAGGGAUAUUGAAGCUUUCCCUAUAGCACAGUUGGCAAUUUCUGAGAUAAAAGUCUAGUGUGUCAUGUAUUUCGUGACGUACGUAUUUUAAAAGCCUUAUUAUAUUUGUUAACUCCAAAUACAGGGCAAUACUGGUAUCUACACUUUCUUGAAAAAGUACAUUUUGAUCUCAAGGGCCUGGUUUCCACUGAUGUUCCCUCAGGGAAUUAGAUACCAUUUCAUUUUUGCCAAAGAAACAA